ACAUGUCUGUGCACCAAUUGAUAUCGGCGGCUGCUGCUACGUAUGGAUUAUACACAUGGGAUUUCUCCAGGAGACCAUACACAGAACAUUUCCCCGGGAUGAACUUCCCAGUCCACCCAUGGGCUUCCCCUUUCCUGCUUGUCAUCAGGGGCUGGAGCCGAAGCUGUUUGAGCCUCCGCACUUCCCGUACUUCGGACCAGUCUAUGCCGCAGACGGGGGUCGGUAGAUGCGCUGCCCGCUGUCUGCUCCCGUCCUCCCGGCUCAUCAUCGUCGGGGAAUAGUGAGGAGCUGCAGGCUGUGCUUAGAGCGGGGGAAGGAGGCAGAUCUUGUUGAUGGUGCUGUUUUAACAUUGAAACCCCACCAUGUCAUUGAAGCCACGAGUUGUGGAUUUUGAUGAGACAUGGAACAAACUUUUAACGACAAUCAACGCAGUUGUCAAGUUGGAUUACGUCGAGAGGGCAACCUGGAAUGACCGCUUCUCUGAUAUUUAUGCACUCUGUGUUGCCUACCCAGAACCUCUUGGAGAGAGACUAUAUGCCGAAACAAAAACCUUCUUAGAGAAUCAUGUUUUACAGUUACAUGCGAAAGUUUUGGCGUCGGCAGAACAAGUUCUUGUGGUGUAUCACCGGUCCUGGGAGGAAUACAGUAGAGGGGCAGACUACAUGGACUGUCUAUAUAGGUAUCUCAACACACAGUUCAUAAAGAAAAACAAGCUGACUGAAGCAGAUCUGCAGUACGGCUAUGGAGGAGUAGACAUGAAUGAGCCGCUGAUGGAGAUUGGUGAAUUAGCACUUGAUAUGUGGAGGAAGCUGAUGAUUGAGCCGCUGCAGGAAACCCUCCUUAGAAUGCUUCUCAAAGAGAUUAAGAGUGAUCGAUGUGGGGAAGACCCAAAUCAAAAAGUAAUCCACGGGGUUAUCAACUCCUUUGUUCAUGUUGAACAGUAUAAGAAAAAAUUUCCCUUAAAGUUUUAUCAUGAAAUUUUUGAGUGGCCUUUUCUGGCUGAAACAGGGGAGUAUUACAAACAAGAAGCUUCAAACUUAUUACAAGAGUCAAACUGCUCACAAUAUAUGGAAAAAAUUUUAGGUAGAUUAACAGAUGAAGAGAUGCGAUGUAGAAAGUAUUUGCACCCCAGUUCAUAUACUAAAGUGAUACAUGAAUGCCAACAGAGAAUGGUCGCUGACCACUUGCAGUUCCUACAUGCAGAAUGUCACAAUAUCAUUAGGCAAGAAAGGAGAAGUGAUAUGGCCAAUAUGUACACCCUUCUUCGUGCUGUAGCUAAUGGUUUACCUCACAUGAUUCAGGAAUUACAAAACCAUAUCCACGACGAGGGCCUUAGAGCUAUUAGCAAUCUUUCUCAGGAAAAUAUGCCAACCCAAUUUGUGGAAUCGGUCUUAGAGGUCCACAGUAAAUUUGUCCAGCUUGUCAACACAGUUUUAAAUGGGGAUCAACAUUUUAUGAGUGCACUAGACAAGGCUCUUACAUGUGUUGUCAACUAUAGAGAGCCCAAAUCUGUCUGCAAAGCACCUGAAUUGCUGGCCAAAUACUGUGAUAACAUGCUGAAGAAAUCAGCCAAGGGAAUGACUGAGAAUGAGGUGGAAGACAAGCUAACAAGUUUUAUUACCGUUUUCAAGUACAUAGAUGAUAAAGACGUUUUCCAGAAGUUUUAUGCUAGAAUGUUGGCAAAACGACUAAUUCACGGCUUGUCAAUGUCAAUGGACUCUGAAGAAACAAUGAUCAAUAAAUUAAAGCAAGCAUGUGGGUACGAAUUCACCAGCAAGCUGCAUCGAAUGUACACAGACAUGAGUGUAAGCGCCGAUCUCAAUAACAAGUUCAACAACUUCAUCAGAAACCAAGACACAGUUGUAGAUCUGGGCAUCAGCUUUCAGAUAUAUGUAUUACAGGCUGGUGCAUGGCCGUUGACUCAGGCUCCAUCCUCCACAUUUGCCAUCCCUCAGGAACUGGAAAAGAGUGUUCAGAUGUUUGAGUUAUUUUACAACCAACAUUUUAGUGGCAGAAAGCUGACAUGGUUGCACUAUUUGUGUACAGGUGAAGUAAAAAUGAACUACUUAUCGAAACCCUACGUGGCUAUGGUCACUACAUACCAAAUGGCCGUCCUGCUUGCCUUCAACAACAGUGAAUCUGUCACCUACAAGGAACUACAAGACAGCACUCAGAUGAAUGAGAAAGAGCUGACCAAGACCAUCAAAUCCCUACUUGAUGUCAAAAUGAUAAACCACGAUUCUGACAAGGAAGAUGUGGACGGUGAAUCAAUAUUUUCAUUAAAUAUGAACUUCAGCAGUAAAAGGACGAAAUUUAAAAUCACAACACCAAUGCAGAAGGACACACCACAGGAAGUGGAACAGACCAGAAGUGCUGUAGAUGAAGACAGAAAAAUGUAUCUUCAAGCUGCUAUAGUGCGUAUCAUGAAAGCCCGCAAAAUACUACGACAUAAUGCAUUGAUACAAGAGGUCAUCAGCCAGUCCAGAGCGCGAUUCAACCCAAGCAUCAGUAUGAUAAAGAAGUGCAUUGAGGUCCUCAUAGACAAGCAGUACAUAGAGCGCAGCCAGGCCUCGGCAGAUGAAUACAGUUACGUAGCAUGAUGCUGUCAUCCCGUCGGUGUGUAUAGGGGGAAGUCAUCACAUCACUGUUUGGUGUGUUCCUGUUGGGAGAAGCAGGCCUAUGGCUCCAUUUUCUAUCACCUUGGCAGUCCCUGUUUUUCUGCUGUUUACAACAUCACCAGUGCCACGUCAUGAGUGUCAGUGAAAAUGCCUAUAAAUAUUUCAAGCUCA